AAAUACAAGGGAAAAAUGUCUUUGACUGUGGAAGUGAGUGAUGGGAGAAGAGCAAAAUCUUACUUGGGUGGCUGGAGACACAGAAUCACUGGGGUGAUUUAUUUGAACGCGGCGUGUCAAACGGGUCCACCAAGCAAAAGCAAUCUCGAGAAUCUCCGCAGUCGCAGUGUACAGUGUAUUGACACUAGAGAUGCUAGUGACCAGCCAAACAGAGAUGUAUCUACGCAGAUGUGGAGGCGGGAUUGUAACAUAUCCUGCGAGAACGAUAAAUACAUGACAGCGAGACCGUACGAGUGUCACGAAGAGAUGGUGAGGAGAAUCGAUUACGAUGGAAAAGCCAGGGUCAUACAGAGAUGUUAUCGCGCCUGGAAAAUGUUGAGGAACAUAAAAGAAUGUACGGAGGAAUAUCGAAGGAUCGUCGCUGACUGCAGGAAAUUCGAGGAGGAGAGGGAUGACCUGCACAGAAAGAGGCACCUCGUGGAAAUUCACCGUCAACUCCAUCCGAAAAAUCGUUCCGACUUUGAUAAAAUCUACAGCCUUAUCGAGGGCUGGAAAAAUUCACAGUUGAAUUUGAUAAAAAGAAACUAUUUCCAAGCCUCUGGGAAAGCUCAGCACUCUCAAGUGCUGGUGAAAACUGUUGAGAUGCUGAAGUCCGUGGAGAAGCAAAGAAAGUCAAUUCUUGAAAGGCAUCGGGAAGAGAAGUUGGGUAACUUUCUCAACUUCCACUGCGAGCCAGUUAAAUGGACUGGAUACAAAGGGAAGCCGAUAGAGAUGAUUACGCUGAGGACGCUAAAGGCACGGGAAUAUAAAAUUAUUCAUGAUAAUUUAUGCAAAAGUGAUAUUACGUUGGAAGAAAGAAUUGAAGUUUUGAUUUUGUUGAGACGUGCGCUUGAGUCGCACGAGUGCAAAGCCUCCCGGGCUCUCGAGGAGCUCAUUGAGCAGGAGAUUUCGUUGUCAUCACGAGCUAUCAGGGAGCUCACUCUUGAGAAUUUGAGGAAACGCAUUGCCCUAUAUUUCCUCCAAUUCAUACGCAAUUGCCACAACUGCUGCGUCGACGAUGCACAACUGAUGGACCAGCAAUUAACGGAGCCAGAGGGUCCUGAGAAAAUUCUCUGUCGAAGUUGCAUGAGAUUAUUACCCUGUACUCGUUUCAUUGCUCACGUGAGAAUGAAAAAAUUAUCCUGUUGUGCUGGUUGCCACUGGCUACGACAGCAUAGCGUUGAAAAAGUCGACUAUGAUCCAUACACAUAUCUUUUGAAUGGCAUUCGUGCGGAUGAGCAUCGUAGAAAUUGCUUCUCAAUGCUCCUUUACGUUAUUCAAGAGCCAGGAAUUUAUCACCUCGUGUGCAACAUCUGGCAUGGUCGAUCGAUCGUGAGUGAAGUCGACGACAUAUUUCGGUUGCGUUUGGUGCGAUUUGAUGUUCAUAAAGAGUGGGCACCAUGGAAUUGCAUUCUCCUGACUGAUGAGGAGUCCGAAGCUCAUUAUUUCAUCGAGGAUCUGUCAACAGUUUAUUCGAAAAUUCUACUCGAUCGGGUUUACCUCGCCCACGAAAUAGCAAAAACUCAUUUUGAAGAGCUCUCGAAAUUUCAGGAGAAAUUACGCACGUCUCAGCGAUAUCGUAUGAUCCACAAUUCGAUCGAUUUCUGAUAACUCGAGUAAUAAAAGAUAUGGGUGAAUGAGAACAUGAAUAAAGUCUGAAAUCCCUUCAGACUCUGAGGUGCACUUUAUGUCAGACAAAUCGGCUCUUCUUAGCUAUACUCCGAGCGCCUCAUGAGGAUCAAAUGUUCUAGUUCGGGAAAAGCUCUUUCAUGCAUAA